GUCAAGCGGUACAUCGUCGUCGUCGUCGUCGUCGUCCCGAGGAUCCUAUGAGCCUUCCUCCUCGCCACCUCCCCUCGGCCCCACCACAGAUCCUACCGAAAUCCUCGCCAACGCCCCGGUGCGUACCACCCGUUGGACGAGACGACCCGGCGGUGCGACGGCGGUGGCCCCCAACACGGCGCACAAUCCGUUCACUAGUAAAAAACCAUCGUGUACGCGUGUGGCGCGACAAAUCCAAACCACUGUCCGACUCGUUGCCGGCAACAAGUAGUAUACGACGAUAAAUGGUAAAUUACACUGCCACAGAAGUAUACGCGGUAAAGCCUAUCAGUUAUCACAGACUGUUGACAUUCGUGGACCGGUGCAGAUGAACCACACAGCGUUGGCGUCCAAAGAGGAAGAACACUGCGAAGAUUGGAUCGCCCAAGACGUCGGUCAUCACCAAGAAAACAUUUGGUUAAAAAGAAUGAACUCAACUGAUAAGUUCCUUGUACCACCAACUGGAGAACAGAAAAUAAGCAGUGUUGUGUUCGACGUACCAAAGUCUGAAAUGAAAAGUACAGCUGAACCGAGCCAAUUUUAUGAACGGCAGCCAUGGCAAAAACUUGUAUCGAUAUUCUUAGCUGAACUGUUUGGUACCGCGUUUUUAAUGUUGUUUGGUUGUAUGGGAUUAGUUCCUAAAUAUCCGGGUGGAGAACUUGGUCAAUACAGUGGUGCUAUUGCAUUUGCUGGUAUUGUAGCUGUCACUAUUGUUAUUAUUGGUCACAUCAGUAAUUGUCAUAUAAAUCCGUGUGUUACAUUAUGUGCAUUACUUCUUGGUAAAUUACCAAUAUUAACAGCUAUUAUUUAUUUCUUAGCGGAAUUUUUAGGAGCUAUGAUCGGUUAUGGAGUUCUAGUGGUUAUUUCACCUUAUAAUAUUUUAAAUUCAUCAGAAUCUGGAGUUUGUGUAACAAGCCCAGUUAUAGGCUUGACUGCAUGGCAAGCCCUUUUAAUUGAAGCUAUAACAACAGGAGUUUUGAUACUUUUAGUAUGUGCUGUUUGGGAUCCUAAAAGUGGUAAUGGAGAUUGUGGUUCUUUGAAAUUUUUAGCUAUGAUAUUUAUGACAUCAGUUAUUGUUGGCCCUUUUACUGGAAAUAGUUUGAACCCAGCACGAUCAUUAGCACCAGCAAUCUACAACAAUUCAUGGAACAUGCAUUGGAUAUACUGGGUCGGUCCAUUUUCCGGAACAAUAACAUCAACGCUUUUCUACAAAUAUAUUUUUAUGGCAUUAGAUAACGAUGAACGAGUAAAAUAAAGUGAUAUACUUUUAUUACAGUUACGUAUCACAUACCUGACACUUGACAGCACUCGAAUUCAGUUUCUAUUGUCGUUCUUUUACAUUAAAUGCUGAAGUCAGUGUAAAUUGUGUUCUGUAAUAUCCUUUAUAGGACAUUCAUCUCCAUGUUUAUUUGUCUACUUAAUUAUAUUUUAGUCUCUACCAAAUUAUUUAGUCUUUUAAUUAUUUUAUUUAAUUUUGCUAGGGUUUUUAAACUGUAAAUGAGUUAACUUUAUACAUAAGCUAUGUAUACUUUAUACAUCAAGCUACAGUGUUGUUAACUCACAGUAUUACGUAGAUAUAUUUUUGUAAAAAUUAUUUAUAUUUAUAUUUUGGCAAUAACUUUAGUCAUUCAUUUACAAUAUUCAUAAUAUGUAUUAUGUAUUUAUUGCAAUGAUAAUAUAUUUUUAUUUUAAGUGCAUAAUAAAUUUAUUUUUUUUUUAUGUAUUUAUGAUUUGGAUCAUUUCAACUAAUAAAUACAGAAUACAUAUUAUGUUAAAACAAUAUGACAAUCUAAAAAUAAGUUUUAUAAUAGUAUGAAUGUUAAAUAUCAUCAUAUUCAAUGAUGUCUAAUAUUAAUAUUAAUUAUGUCUCAGCUCAAUAAGUGAUUAUUUUAUAUGUAUGGUGCCUAACCUUGUCUAUAAUAUUUUUUUUAUUAAAAUAUAGUAGUAUAUUAUAGUUAAUUAGUAAUAUUUUUAUUUUUUAUACUUUAUUAUUUUUUUUCUGGGAAAUCAAUGUUUAAAAUAAAACACUUGUGUGACAUAUAUUAUUAAUUAUUAAAAUGAUUUUAUUUUCUCACAA